AUGGCUCUUAACAGAAAUGACCAAUACACCUUCCACCGAAGCUACGAGAAGUUCCUCAGGGACUAUCCCCCGGAGGCGUUGACCCGGGCCACAUGUCGACAGCGUCUUAUGAUGAAGGGGGACGAUACAGAGAGAGCUAGGUUGCAGUGGGAAACUUCCGCUUGUUGUGUAGUCACGUCUGGAUGGCAGAGGAUUUCCGAUCAGUUCCCUCUCCAUCAGCAGAAGUUGGCGAGGCACGUAGUGGAUCAAGUUAGACGCAGAAUACCAGUCUCAUGCCCUCCAGAAUAUGACCUCGGCCUACGCAACGUACACAACGCGGUCGUCUUGCAUGUUCUGUUGGAGUAUCCCAAGCCUACCAAUGAAGCCUUUGAACGUCUCCUCUCUGAGAGUCGAGUCCCAAAGCCCAAUCCGGUGGGAACUGGCAGACCAGGAGCCAGUCCAAGCCGGCUCGAUGAGGCCGGUGCUGCCGAUGCUUCUGCUCCUCCUCCUCCUCCUCCUCCUCCUCCUCUUCCACAGCUAACACUUCGUGAGUUGGUAGCGACCUCUGUCCCUGACCAGGAAAGGCCGAGUCGACCAACUCGUACGGUUGCUCCUGGUCCUCCUGAUCCCAUUGAUUACAAUGAUUCCACAGAUCCCAUCCCAGAACCAGCGUGGAUGAAACGGUUAUUGGAAUCUGGCAAUGAGGAUGAUGACGGCGGCGGCGACGACGACGAGAAGGGAAUUUGA